ACUCCUCGCUCGACACUACAGUCUGACGUCACCUCUCCGCGACCCGGAAGCCGCACAGUGAAUGAGCUGCAGCUGCAGACGCCAGGUCAGAUGAUUGGUCAGAAAGAUAGCUUUCCGGUGGUAAUUUUUUAAUGCUGCACAUGAUGGUUUUACCGUCACCAUCCAAAGUCCAAAUAUCUGAAUAGUAAAUCUGGCGGUUUGGAAGGAGGUCCAGAUAUGGGCGAUGGAUUUGAACUGUCAUCCAAUCCGCCCUUUGGUAAACUUUCCCAUUAGUUGCUGACUGACUUUGUGUGUUAGGAAAUUUGAGUGCAAACUCCCAUGUGUCCAGGAUUGAUGUGCAAGGUUAAGCAUGACCUGAUUAUACAGCAGUUCAUAAAAUAUCUAAUCUAUCUAUCUAUCUAUCUAUCUAUCUAUCUAUCUAUCUAUCUAUCUAUCUAUCUAUCUUUCGAUAUACCCAUCAGCAAUAAUAAUAUAUGACACUGUGGCCCAUGCAAUCUGCUUGCAAAGGACAGUGCUCACACUACAGCCUCGUCUGCUCUGUGUGUGAUGCUUGGCGCAAGGUGAAGGCGGACACCGGGACCUCACUCACCUCUACAUCCCACACUCACACUCACGUGUGGUCAAGAGCCACGCGUGUAGCAACAGAGGUGACCUGCUGCCACAGCAGACACAGGCAUCCCCCCCCCCCCCGCCCCCUUCUCCCCCCCCCCCCCCCCCCCCUCUGCAGCCGCUAAUCCCCCGGGCCCCACCGCCGCCGCACACGCUUACUGCGCAGGGUUGCUGCUGAGUGGGCGCUUUAUAAGCGCAGCCCCGGGGGAAGAAACGCUAUAUGCCCGUCUGCCUCACACAGCAGCAUGGACUUCACAGUGAUGGGACCGGCCACCAUGCUCUCCCUCAGGGGCUCAGCCAAGAUCAAGGAGAGGAGGGUGAGUUACUGUGCGGGCAGCCGGGGUGUGCCUGUGCCCGCAGACUCUUCUCCGGCGCAGCGCUGUGUGUGUCCUGCCGGUGCUCACAUCUGUCUGUCAUGUGUGUAUUCACAGAGGACUCCGGUCUCCCACAAGGUGAUAGAGAAGAGAAGACGCGACAGGAUCAAUCGCUGCCUCAGUGAGCUGGGGAAGACCGUGCCCAUGGCGCUAGCCAAACAGAACUCUGGUAAACUGGAAAAAGCUGAAAUUUUGGAAAUGACAGUUCAAUAUCUGAGAGCAUUACAUGCAGCAGAUUUUCCUAGGGGCAGAGACAAAGAUCUCCUGUCCGAGUUUGCCAAUUAUUUCCACUAUGGCUAUCACGAGUGUAUGAAAAACCUUGUUCACUACCUGACAACAGUAGAGAGAAUGGAGACUAAGGACACCAAGUACGCUCGAAUUGUGGCCUUCCUCCAGUCUAAAGCACACCUGACCACGGAGCCUCUUUUCAGCUCACUGCAGGAGGUGGAUGUGUCAUGUCAGCUGCACUCCUCCCCACCUGAUUACCCAAGCCCCAGUGACACCUCUUUUACACAGAAUUCAGGCGGUUCAUUCUCAUGGCAUGGCACUACCAGGAGUCCCACACUGAAUUAUCUCACAGGCCCCGCUACCAUGCCUCUACCGUGCACGCCACCCCAGCAAUCCCAGCAUAGCAGCUUCUUGUCCCAGAUGCAGAGUCUGGACAGACAUUACCUCAACUUGCUGGGACACUCCCAUCCCAAUAGUUUCAGCAUGAACGGUGCACAGCAUCCUGCUGUCCUGUGACACUGACAAUCAUCACCUUACAGUUCCUGUGCAAUGUUCAGAGGCCUUUAUUUCCCAUACUGCACCACUGUAAUUAAGGACUAAACUUGUAACCAUAUGAGAGACAAAAAACUGAAAUUAUUAUUGUCGAAGCAGGUGCAUUUACAGCCUCUAUAUAAUAUGUCUUAAGAAGCAAAAAGACAAGUUCUUGUAUGUUUGACACUAGUUAUGCAGCAUUCAUAUAGCUGCCGUAAGUGAAACCAGGAUGCUUAAAUCUAGUCAAAGAGCAAUGUGUACCGUCGGUGUGUCAGCAGUGUGCACAUCUGUAGUUACCUCCAAUAAAAGUGUAAUGACAAUUAUGAAACAGAACUGCAUGCCAGCACCACCCCACAUAAACCUCUACUCCUGAGGACGAACCAUUUGUUUCCCGGCUCAGCUACAGAACUCAAGGGUUGCCAUUGUCCCUACUAUGUAAAUACUUCUAUUGUAAUGUGGUCAUUAAUUUAUUGAUACAGUGUGCUAUACUUUUUCUAUGUGGACUGUACAAAGUUAUAUAUAU